CUGAAUAUCCUGGACUGCGGGAGCAUCUCCAGUGCUGUGGGUCGGGACUGCGCCUCGUUCCGGGCCUUCCGCGCUUUCUUGACAGCGGGGCCGGAAGGGAGAGGUGCACCUGCUGCCCUGUGUUCUCAGGCCCGAGAGGUUCAAGCUUGUUGGGGUCCCUCUCCGUCCUCUGGCGCAGGAAGAAGGUCUUAGCACCCACAGUGAGCUGGAGUACCGAAGACUUGGACCUCAGCCCCAGGCUUCUGCUUUGGAGAGCAAAACCCUUGACUGGCCUGAGCGCACGUCCUGUUAUGUUAGAGGGUGGCGCCUGGAUGAGCCUGGUGUGGGGAAUACAGUGAGAAGGGUGUUGCAGCUGGAAGAGAGAUGACAGGAAUUCAAACUGAGGAGGUGGCAAUGAGUAUGGAAAAGUGAUGAAGAAUGUGGUUAGUUGGACUUGGUAGAUUUGUAUCGAACCCGAAGCCGAAACGUAUAGCCUACAUGAUUAAGAAGGUGGUGCCAAUGUAAAAUUAGGAGACCUCACAUGAGGAGGAAGAAUUUUGUGGAACUUGAGAUAUACCGAGUUUGAAACAGUGGUGUAGGUGAAGACGAUAAAAAGAUAAAAAGAAAAAAGCAUGGGAAGUAAACGGGAAGGAAACUUUCAAGGUGAGAACCGAAACAGAAGUUUCAUAUAAUAGGAAAAUGAUCCACAGUCUAUUUCUCAUAAAUUGUUCCGGUGACAUAUUUCUAGAGAAGCACUGGAAGAGUGUUGUGAGUCAGUCUGUCUGUGAUUAUUUCUUUGAAGCUCAAGAGAAAGCUGCUGAUGUUGAAAAUGUACCACCUGUCAUUUCAACACCUCACCACUACCUCAUCAGUAUCUACAGGGAUAAGCUCUUCUUCGUGUCUGUCAUACAGACUGAAGUGCCACCUCUCUUUGUAAUUGAGUUCCUGCAUCGAGUUGCUGACACAUUUCAGGACUACUUUGGUGAGUGUUCAGAGGCUGCAAUUAAGGAUAAUGUGGUCAUAGUAUAUGAGCUUUUGGAAGAAAUGUUAGACAAUGGAUUUCCACUGGCUACUGAAUCUAACAUUUUGAAAGAACUGAUUAAACCACCAACAAUUCUACGUUCUGUCGUCAACUCUAUUACAGGCAGUAGUAACGUUGGGGACACACUCCCCACUGGGCAGCUGUCCAACAUCCCUUGGCGCCGGGCAGGGGUAAAGUACACAAAUAAUGAAGCCUAUUUUGAUGUCGUUGAAGAAAUAGAUGCAAUUAUAGAUAAAUCAGGAUCUACAGUCUUUGCAGAAAUUCAGGGGGUCAUCGAUGCUUGCAUUAAGUUAUCCGGAAUGCCUGACCUUUCCCUUUCUUUCAUGAACCCAAGGCUUCUAGAUGAUGUCAGCUUCCACCCCUGCAUCCGGUUCAAGCGUUGGGAAUCUGAAAGAGUCUUGUCAUUUAUUCCUCCAGAUGGAAAUUUCCGACUCAUAUCAUAUCGUGUCAGCUCACAAAAUCUAGUGGCAAUACCAGUGUAUGUGAAACAUAGCAUCAGCUUUAAGGAGAACAGUUCUUGUGGCAGAUUUGAUAUUACAAUUGGACCAAAGCAGAAUAUGGGGAAAACUAUUGAAGGAAUCACAGUGACAGUUCACAUGCCAAAAGUUGUGCUGAAUAUGAACCUGACACCAACACAAGGCAGCUAUACAUUUGAUCCAGUUACCAAGGUACUGACAUGGGAUGUGGGAAAAAUUACUCCACAAAAGCUCCCAAGUCUUAAAGGACUGGUAAAUUUACAAUCGGGAGCACCCAAGCCAGAGGAGAAUCCAAGCCUCAACAUACAGUUCAAGAUCCAGCAGCUUGCUAUUUCAGGCUUAAAAGUAAACCGCCUGGACAUGUAUGGGGAGAAAUAUAAGCCAUUUAAAGGAGUCAAAUAUGUAACAAAAGCUGGAAAAUUCCAAGUGAGGACAUGAGAAGAGGCCAAAAUUCCUCAAGAUCUGUUUGUUUUCUAAGUGUCAUUAUAGUUUAUUACUAUUAGGUACAAAGUGGGUGGGAUAAAAGCAUUUGUGUGGAGCUACACACCGCUAACAAAGUUGCUUAGUAAUCAAUGUAGGGGUCUCAAGGCGCUUCUUAAGCUAAGGUAACUUUUGAAUAACUUAGCUUAUUUUGUAUCUUUUCAAUUAGAAAACUUUGAAGAUCUCCACAGGGUGGGCACCAGCUGGAGGUUGCACAUUGUAAUAGUAAAGGCAGAAGGCUACAGUCAUAACCUCUCCUAAAACAAGUGACCUGAUCUCAGCCAGCAGCUGUCUUAAUCUGUAAUGUGAUGUGUCAAGUGCAGCCAAAUAUCACACCUAAUCUUAGCCAUCCCAAAUCAGCAUAUGUCCCAACAGGAAAUUCCCACCACCCCCAAGAAGUUUACAAAAAACCUGCCUCUUCAAGUGUUUGCCUUAUUCAGCUUUUCACAUGUGCCAUUAAGCAAGCACUGUAGCAAAAGCCACUUCCACAUGGCCCUGGCAGGGAGCACUGCUGCUCCAUGCUCCAUGCUCCAUUCUCACUGUACUUGGUAUUGUAUUUUUUAUAAAUAAGAUUUUUAUGUAAAGUUCAGAUUUUGAUUUAGAGGGACCAUGCUGCAAUAAGUACCAUCUCAGUUUUGCACCAUUGGUUCGGCUGUUAGCACAGGAAAAAUCAUUGGUAUCAAAGGGGCAAAUGCUUUAUUAAGAUAAUAUAAGGGAACACUACUGCUUUUCGGAAGUUAUUGCAAGCUGUCUGAGAUUUUAAAUAAAGUAGUAAAAGAAGAAUGUAAAUGAACCUUUACCAUCUUCAUGUUUUUUAAAGCUUAUCCAACACCAAUUAAACCAUAGAUAGCCUAAAGGCCUCAUGCUGUAUAGUUCAACAAAAGGAAGAAAAUAUGCCUGUCCCACUAUCAUCUUUUAUCCUUUUUUUAAAACUUUUUAAAUUGAAUUUAUUGGGGUGACAUUGUUUAAUAAAGUAUAUAGGUUUCAGGUAUACAAUUCUAUAACAUCAUGUGUAUAUUGUAUUGUGUGCUCACCACCCCAAGUCAAGUUUCCUUCCAUCACCAUUUAUUCCCCCUGUACCCUCUUGUAUCUCCCCCUACCCUCCUUUCCCUCUGGUAAUCACCAUACUGUUGUCUGUGUCUGUAUAUUCUUGUUCUCAAGGGCUUGAAUUUGCCUAUAUCACUUGUCUUCAAGGGGAACUCCCUUUUCAUAUUGUGUGCUUCUCAAAACUAUACUCAAUAGAUUCCUUCCCAAAA